UCAAGAAACAAGGCGGUGCUACACUUGAGCAGAGGGGUCAUAUCCUCCUCCCAGCAUACACUCCUCACCAGGGGAAACUCUGCCUUUCGCUCCUAGAAAUCAUUGGUAGGAGUUUGUAGCGCUCAGCAGCAUGGAGGCAACCAAAGGAGAGGACCGCUCGGCUGAACAGGCUGCGUCUUUAUUUGGGGCACCAGAGGUGGAGAGUCAAAGCAGGAAAACUGGACGGGGAAAGAAGAGGAAUAACCACUGUAAAGUCAUUACUGGGGUUCUGCUGCUGCUCUCUCUGAUUGUCAUCCUGGCCGUGGUGUUUUCUCUGAGAAAGAGCAGUGAUGGGAACGCAGCAGGGGAACUCUGGCUGCAGAAGGCCGAUGAGGAAAUUCAACAGCCGAAGUGUCCACCUGGUUUUUCCAGGCCUCCUCUCAUCCUGGUGUCCUUGGAUGGUUUUAGGGCGGAGUACCUAAAAGAUCACGGCAGCCACCUUCCUGUCAUCAACAAGUUACGAAACACCGGAACAACGACAGCAUACAUGAGGCCUGUUUAUCCCACAAAGACCUUUCCCAACCACUACAGCAUUGUGACUGGUCUUUAUCCCGAGUCUCAUGGGAUUGUGGACAACAAGAUGUACGAUGUGACCCAAAACACUUUCUUCAACUUGAAAACUGACGAGAAAUUAAACCCAAAGUGGUACCAAGGAGAACCAGUUUGGCUCACUGCCAUGCAUCAGAAACUGAAAACAGGAACCUUCUUCUGGCCUGGCUCAGAUGUAGCCAUCAAUGGCACCUUCCCAGACUUCUACAAGUCGUAUGACAAGAGCAUUAAAUUUGAGGAGAGAGUGUCGACGCUGUUUGAAUGGCUCAGUUUACCUCAGGGAGCAAGACCUGACUUCUACACUUUGUACCUGGAUGAACCUGACUCAUCAGGACAUCGUCAUGGACCAGCAAGCAGAGAGGUCAUUCUGGCCUUGGAAAAUGUGGACAGGAUUAUGGGCAUGCUGAUGGAUGGCCUGACACAGAGAGACCUGCUGCACUGUGUCAACGUGAUAAUCCUAUCAGACCACGGCAUGGAGGAGGCUUCAUGUGAAAAGGCAGCAUAUGUGUCAAACUACCUGGACAUCACUGGCGACUUUGCUGUCAUCCAAGGUCCGGCUGCUCGAAUCAGACCCACUCGCCUCCCAGAGAAUUACUUUUCCUUCGACUAUGAGGCCCUAGUGAAGAACUUGUCGUGCAGGACCGCUGACCAGCCAAUGAGGCCGUACCUCAAAGAAAACCUCCCCAAAAGGAUGCACUUUGCUAACAACAAACGCAUAGAGAGAGGCCAACUCUAUAUGAGGGAAGGGUGGCAGGCUGCACUAAACCGCCAGGAACUCAAGUACUGCACCGGUGGAUUCCACGGCUCAGAUAACCUCUUCACCAACAUGCAGGCGAUCUUCAUUGGCCACGGUCCAGGAUUUAAAUACAAAACUGUUGUGCCCCCUUUUGAAAACAUUGAAGUUUAUAACCUCAUUUGUGACCUCCUCGGUAUUCGUCCCGCUCCAAACAACGGGACUCACGGCAGCCUGAACCACCUUAUGAAGCAACCCGUCCACCUGCCAGUUCACCCAGCGCAGCUUUCCCAUGAUACCCCCUGUGAGGCCAGCGACCCUGUCUCCACUGACGAUCUGCAGUGCAGUUGUGGAUCCCAAACUAAGGCAAUGGAGACAGAUAUGAACAGACAUCUCUUGACAAAUGAUUCCAAUAUUAAAGCCAGCUUCCAUCGCCUCCACCAUCCCUUUGGCACCCCUCGAGUCGUCCAACCAGACGCCACCUUUUGUCUUCUCCACCACUCCAACUAUCUCAACGGAUACAGCAAAGACCGCCUCAUGCCCCUCUGGGUGUCGUACACCAUCCAGCCUCUGACCAGAGUCCGACCCCUGAGCCCAGAGUCGGAGGCUUGUGUUCGUGCUGACGUACGCAUCCCACGGGCCGCCAGCCAGCUGUGUGCGCGCUACAGAGACAACCCCGCUCUGUCCUAUGGCCUGCUGCAUCCCCCCUAUCUGAGUGCCAAAGGACCUGAGACAGACUCUUUAAUCACAAGCAACAUGGCACCAAUGUUCCCUGCAUUUAAAGAUGUUUGGAACUAUGUCCACGAUGUCCUGCUUCCAAAAUAUUCACAACAACUGAAUGGAGUCAACAUCAUGAGUGGGCCGAUAUUCGAUGAAGACUAUGAUGGAAACGUUGAUGCACUCAAAGCAGUCUCAGGGAAUGAGGCUCCCAUCCCGACACAUUUCUUCAUGAUCCUGACCAGCUGUGGGAACUCGACCUUCAGCCCUGUUAACUGUGAGGGUCCCCUGCAGGCCAAGUCGUUCAUCCUGCCCCACAGACCUGACCACACAGAGAGCUGUGCUAAUGGGUCAGACUUGACGUGGGUGGGGGAUUGGCUGCAGUUUCAUGUGGCGCGAGUCCGAGACAUCGAGCUCCUGACCGGACUCAGCUUCUACCACAAUAGGUUAUCAGUGGAAGAGACGCUACAGCUCAAGACGUUUCUACAGACUGCUUAAAAUCAGAGACAUUAUCGAAUGAAGCUUACAUUCCCAAAGGAAGCCAUAUUGGUCUGCACAACAGGCCUCUGUCCACGUGGACACAGUUAACCGACUAUCAGUGGGUUUAACAGGUGCCUCACUUAUAAAAGUUUUCUGAAUUGAAACCAAAUUGAUCAGUUGAACAGUUCCAUCCAGGUUUGUUGUGAUAUGUCUGAUUCCCAAAAAAGUUUUAUAAUUAUUGUGUGAAAGCUGUAUAUUUGUUUUGAUCAUGUUUUUAUAAAUGAUUUUAUAGAGAAAAGUCAGAGGGCAUUUUUAUAAAUGAGGCUCCGGAGCUCAGAACCAAAGACGCCAUCACAUCUGCUGAAUGGCUCCAAAGUAUUUCCUCAGAUGGGAAAGUUUGGCAGGAACAAAAUAAAAGGGAAAAGAAACACUUAUUGAUUUAUAGAAGAAUCUAUUUAUACUACAAUUACUUUUAUUGGCAGGGGCACUUUAAGAAACACGUGACAAUCUGGAAACAGUUGUGUCUGCUGCCAGACAUCAGAGUUUGCUGCAGCUGCCGGAAAAAAACCUCAACAUCAGAAUUUAAUAAUAAAUAAGUUUUGCUUUGCAAAAACAAAAGUUUCACCUGACAAAUGUUGUCAGCAUAUGUUCAUGGUUGUUUGGUUUUUUUUGUAUUUUCUUUAUACAGCACCAAUGUUUUUAGUAUUUUGUAAAUUUUUGGUUUGGUUAAUGACAUUUUUGAGUGUGUAUGCGUGCAAAUGUAUGUGUACUGUAUGCAUGGAUGGAUUAUGAGACAAAUUUGCCCUUUGGCACAGACAUGUAAAAGGCCCCCGAACUCUCCUACACAAGGGCAAGACACCCAGACUGAAAGAGGUACUUUUGUAUUUCUUUAUGGCUGUUUUGCUCCUCUUUGUAAUCAUUUUGCGUCUGUGGUUGUUUUGCAUUUCUUUGUAGUCGUUUUUCAUCUCUUGGUGGUCGAUUGCAUCUCCGAACUUCUUUUGCACCUUUUUAUAGUCAAGUUGCACCUCUGGUUGUUUUGCGUCUUUGUUGGCAUUUUCCGUCUCUUUGUGGUCGUUUUGUCUUUUAAUGGUUGUUUUUAGCGUCUCUGUGGUCAUUUUUAAUUUCUUUAUGAUUGUUUUGUGUCUUUGUAGUCGUUUUUCAUCUCUUUGAACUUCUUUUGCACUUCUUUGUAAUCAUUUUGUGUCUGUUUGUUUUGCGUCUCUGUGAUUGUUUUGCACCUUUUGAGGUUGUUUUGUGUCUCUUUAAAGCUAGGGUAGGUAGGUUGGAGAAACUAGCAAGAGAGAACUAGAUUUUGAAAGUAUCCAACCGAAAAAAUCCCACCCACUCCCUUCAGGCCUCCCUCCAAAACCAGCCUGCGACAGCCACAGAUACCAGAUUUUUUCUUCUUUUUGAUUUAUUUAUUGCUUUCAGGAUGUAACGAGAAUUUCAACAACUAUAACAAAAAUGCUUCUGAAACACAUUACCUACCCUAGCUUUAAGGUCGUUUUGCCUCUUUGUUGUCAUUUUCCAUCUCUUUGAACUCUUUUUGCAUUUUUUUGUGGUCAUUUUGUGUCUCUCUGUGGUAGUUUUGCGUCUCUGUGUGGUCGUUUUGGAUCCUUCUGAGGUUGUUUUGCAUCUCUUUAUGGUCGUUUUGCGUCGCAUUAUAGUCGUUUUGCGCCACUUUUGAGGUUGUUUUGCAUCUCUUUGUAGUCCUUUUGUGUCUUUGUUGUCAUUUUGCGUCUCUUUUAGUGACAUUCUGCUGAUGAAGCAGAACUCUCUAGUGUGGCUGCAGCUGAACAUCAGUGUUUAGUUCAUGCUGGAAAUGAAGAGAGGCUGUCUGUGCCCGGUAGUCCCAUUCAGUAAUCCAUCCAUGACUUGUGUAAAUGUGUGUGAGUAGCUGAAAUUAUGUCUGGUAUCAACACAGUUUCUGUUCAAUUUUUUUAUCUUUACUCUUCAGAGCUAGAAGUUGAGCUUGGUAGGUCAUUUGUGGAAAAUAAGAAAAGUUCAACAGAUUUAUCCAUUUCCAUAAUUAGAGCUUUUUUUUCAUUAUUGUCAGAAAUGGCAGCUAUGGUCAAAUACACAAUUUCAUCAAACUCUUCCACA